AUGGCUGACCAUAGACCGGCUCCGAGAAGUGGCCGAGACAUUCGCCUCUCGACCGCGACCAUGAGAGCACUCAACUCUCAACGCCUACGGCCAAGAACGAGCAUCAUCCGUAGUUUAGCACGGAGCUACUAUUUUCUUUUCUUCAUCCUAAUCUUUUUCCUCCUUCACGGUGUUUCUUCGCGGAGUGUAUCCUACGAUGAUAUUGACAAGCACGAGAAGAUUACUUCGGAAUCGUCAGCGCAGAAGAUCGAUCAGGUAAGACUAAACGAAACGAGUCGAAAGAAACUUUCAGGAUCGAUCGAUUGGCACGAACAAGAGAAAAAAUUGAUCGAGGAUGAAGUCAAAAUAACUGAAAGGAACGUCGAGAGGAAUGAGACUUCUAUUGCAAAAAAGAGACGACGGAACGAUUUAACAUUACCCGUUAAGAGUGUAGUCCAAGAAACAGAAGCAAGUUUUAUCGGUAAUGCCGAAGGUGAUGCCAUAAAGAACGAAGGCAUUCGUAGAUUUGACGCUGAAGUAGAAUCGGUGGACGAGAUAGAGCUACCGAAUGAUCAAUCUUCGAAGAUCAAUGUAGAUCGUAAUAACGGACUGACCAAAGGUGAACGUUCGCAGAAAAAGGCUAUCAAGGUUGACGAUGUCAAGAACAACGACGACAUCGUUCUAGAUAUUCCGGUAGAAAUAAAAACCUCAAAUCAAAGCGAUGAUAUUGCUAAGAUAGAGACUGAUAAUACUUUAGCGAUAAAAGAGGACAUACGUAACAAUCUUCGAAGUUUGAUUGCCAAUGAAGAAAAUAUUUCUGAAAUCGAUCGAAAUAAAGAAUCGAAUCCAAUAACAAUGACCAAAUCGAUUAAAUCGAAAAGAGAACAAAGAUAUUUAGAGGAAGCUCGAGGUAAGUUCAAGCACAAAAGCUCAACCGUGUAUUUGAGUGCCGAGGAUGGUUCCGAAAUUCCCGAUAACGAAGAGAAAUCGAUCGUUGAUAGCCAAAUUAAAAAAUUGAUAUCCAUUCGCGACGAUGCACUAGGUUUGGUAAAAGAUAACGUAAAAAAUAAGAAAAAUGUUGACGAAGUUAAGAUUCUUAAUGAAGCAAAAUUGCUUGGAAUCGACGAUGUGAUUGUAACCGAGGAAAACAUUGACGAGGUUAGAAAUCAACGAAGUAAUUUAUCGGAUGUCAAAUAUCAGAAUAACAUCCGGGCUUCUUCCUCUUUAAAUAGUAUCGAUGAUCGUCUUCAAAGAUGGAGAAAUCAGGCGAUGUUGUUACAAGAACAAAUAAAAAAUCGUACCUUCGUUCAAUAUUUAAAAGAACACGCGAUCGACGUACUCCCGGAAAUUCCGAAAUUUAAUGAAAAUCAAUUGUUGGAAACGCUGAAGGAUAUCGUUGCCUCGAAAAAAUCGACGAACUUAAGCGAAUCAUAUUCCAGUCAAUUGAACGCGACAGAUUUGACCAAAAAUCAGAUUGAUAUAAUCAAGUGCGCAGAACAAUUGGUCGAAGUAAAGCAAAGACAAUCUUUCGUUAGCAACAUGUACGAGUGUAUUAGGGGACUUAGCGUGUUGAAUUGCAUGAGGAUCUUUAUAUGGCCGAUCAUAACCGAUAAUAUUCCAGAAUCUAUCAGUCAAGUAUUUGCUGCUAAUAUACCUAUAGAAAUAAAUUUGAUCGAUCUAUUUCAAAGUAAUCGAGAAAAAAUCGAUAGAUCAUCUUCCAGCGUCCAUCAGAAAAGAUUAUUAACACCGGAAUCCGUGGUAUUAUCGAUAUUAAAACAAGCAUUAGAAUCGCGUCUCGAGGUAGAUAAGCCACCAUACUUGAUUGACUCAAAGAAUAAAACUUUUCAAAAGUUGCUGACACCUGGACAAUUAGAGAUCCUUCAAUUAGGUGAAAAACUCUUACCUCUAGAAUUACGUCGUGAAUAUACUGACAAAAUGUUUUCCUGCGUGCGAAGAUUCGAAUAUCUCAGCUGUUUAAGAUAUUUCGCAUGGCCCAUGAUGAAACAAUAUUUUCCAACUCUACCAGCUUUUCCAGAUUAUCAAACUUGGUAUCCAAGUAUUACCAUAGUUCCUGAAUAUCCGAUCGUUCCGUUUCCUGGUUUCUCCGAUGAGAUUGGAGAACUUCCUGAGGUCGUCGAUUCCGAUGCUACUAGAAUGAGGAAGCCUACGCCGGAAACAGUGAUCAUACACGUUUUACGGAAUACUCUCAAGGAUUAUCCAAGAGUAGAAUCGACAUCGUCUCUCUAUGAGGAACCAACAAACUUUUACACGACUGUAAUUCCUCCGGAUCAAUUAAUAACCAUACAAAUGGCCGAGCAAUUUAUUCCGCUCUCUUAUCGGCCGGAAUUUGUUCAAAAAACUGUUCGAUGUAUACAAGAAUAUAAUUAUUUAACCUGUAUGAAAUAUUCGACUUGGCCCACCGUUAAACAAUUCAUUCCAAAUCUUCCCGAUUUCUCUUCUUUCUUCCCAGACAUCCAGAUUCCCGGUUUGUCCGAUUUAUUCGCAUCUUUUCCAAGUAUUUCACCAACUUUUUCAGAUUUUUUCGGACUUAUACCAAAUGUACCAAGCAUACCAAGUAUACCAAAUAUACCAACUAUACCAAAUAUACCUACGCAAACAAUACCUAUGUCACCACAAAUUCCACAAACGAUACCAACCCAAGCGCCUACUUCUAACAUAUUGUAUAGAAAAAAUGAUGAUCCUCGUUUGAAUUUGGAAUCUAAAAUUAUUGAAACACUGGAACAAGUUCGGAACUCUUUAAAAAGCGUAAACGAGAUUCCUUCGCAAACAGUCUCUGGAAACGUGAUAAUUUUGACGACCCUGACGGAGAAACAAUUUGAAAUUUUGAAAUUGGCCGAAAAUAUUCUUCCGCCGUCAGCUCGUGCCACAUUUCUCGCACAAGUUUUGAGGUGUCUUCAAGAUAGAAACGAUUUUAUGAAUUGUACACAAUAUAUAAUCUGGCCAUCGAUAGCAUAUUACUCACAAAAUUUGCCAGAAUUUUCGCAAAUAGAAAUUGAAACUUCAUCGAAUGAGUCAUCGCUUUUAGACAGUUUAACGGAAAGCAAACAAAUUUUGCAAAACUCGACGAAAUAUAUUCAAGAAGCGAUCGAUCCUGAUAUUUUAGAAAAAUCUACCGUAAAAAUAAUGUCCAGAACGUCUGCUCAAGCUGAGCCUGUUUUGAAAACAACUUCUCAACAAAAUAAUGUUCCUGUAAUUAGUAUAACUGGUACAAGAUUCGUACCAAUAUAUACGGAACAUCCUGAAUCCGUCAUAUUCAAUAUCUUAAAAAAGAUUCAACAAUCGUCUCCGAACGUUGUUAACGCAUCAUCGAACGAAACUAUCAAAACGCAACUUUUUUACGAUUUAUUAAACGCUCAACAACAAUUAAUCGUUAGAAUUACAGAGAAUUUGAUUCCUGAAUCAACCAGAUCUGAGUUCAUAGAUCACAUGAUCAAAUGCGUUAGCGAAUAUAAUUUUAUACUUUGCUCGAGAGACAUUCUCUGGCCUACCUUGAUUGAUUAUUUCCCAGGAGUUCCGAGUUUCCCGAAUUUUGGUAUAUUUUCAAACGUACCGAAUAAUGAAAAUUCUAUUUCUUCUCUUACGUCUCAUAAUCUAACAGAAAAUAGUUCGAAUGCGGAGGUUUCUCAUCUUUCGGAGACAAAUGUUAAAACCGGACAACAUGGAGAUGCAAGAGUGACAAUAACAGAUACAAGAUUUGUUCCGAUUUUCACCGAACACCCCGAAGCUAUAAUCUUGAAUAUUUUGGAAGCAGUAAGAAUUUCUACACCGAAUUUACCACGUAUCGAUUCACCCACGAGAAAAGAAGAUUUAUUGCAUUAUUUCACGGAUAGACAAUAUCAAAUAAUUCAAACAGCAGAGUGUCUUUUGCCAGAAUCCGAACGUGUUGUUUUCAUUGAGAGAAUGACCACUUGCAUUCGAAGAAAUACGUUCUUAGAAUGCACCAAAGAUAUCACUUGGCCAACGAUUCAUCAGUUUUUCCCUAGAUUGCCAAGUUUCCCUGAAUUUGGGAUUUCACAAAGUAUAGCUAGAACGAAGCUACCUUCAUCAUUAAAUAUAAGUAUUUCAGAUUUCAAAUCGGAAGAGGAUAGAGCGGAUCUUGUCAACGAGCAAACAUCACUGGAACAUUUUCAGAAGAAAAUAGAAAUAAUUUUGGAAGAAGCGUUAAAAAAAGAUUCGAGACCACGACUUGAUCAUUCCUACUUGGAUACCAAUAAUCCAAUAAUACAAACUGUAUUAACAAAACAACAAACCAAUAUUAUCAGACUUAUGGAACGAGCAUUACCGGAUCCUGUAAGACCAACAUACGUUAUGAAAAUGUUAGAAUGUAUGCGUACUAAUAAUUUUAUAGCCUGCAGUCAACAUGUUAGCUGGCCUACCUUGAAAACCUAUCUCCCAUCUUUACCAAAUUUUCCUCAAUUUGGCGACUACUUUUCUCAACUGCCUGACAUCAGUCAAGUACCAGGUAUAUCAGGAAUUCCUCAACUACCCGGUACCUUACCAUUGGCUGAAAUACCUAACUUACCUCAACUUCCACCCAAUAUCCCUUCUCUUCCAGGUAGUAUUCCACAGCUACCAGGGUUAAUACCCCAAAUACCAGAAGGAACGAGUCAGUUUCUCGAUCUAUCGCAAUUAGGAAACAUACCGGUAGCUAUUAGGACGAUUGAAUAUCCGAAAGAGAUAUUAGCUGCUGUACAACAAUCAUCGGCCGUAACACUUGAUUCAGAAAAAACAAGGCAGUCAUUGGUAUCACCGUCGACACCGUCAGUAGGUGAAAUGUUGCUGGUCCCUUUUGUACUGGGCUUGGCCCUGCCCAUCAUGGGCGAAUAUAUUCCACCUGGGCCAAGAUUUACGUGUCCUAAGAUACCCACUGAUAUUUACCCUUGUACUUGCGUUCGUGGAAGCGACAGAGGACUAUAUAUUCAUUGCGAAAAUACGAAUUUAGCCAGCUUGAGCCUGGCUUUUGUUAAAUUAGGGAACGAAGGUAUGCCUAUCGAAGAAUUGAUCCUGUAUAAAUGCAAUAUCGGACGUUUCUAUGGACCAGCUCUUUAUCCAUUAGACAUUAGAGUCCUAAAAUUUAUUGAUACGCCAUUGAGAUUAAUCGAGGAACACAGUUUUCUCGGAGUGAACAGAACCCUUCAGGAACUUUAUUUGAUAAACAGUCAUCUUGAAAAGUUUCCAAGGGAAGCACUACAAAUUCUAGGAAAUCUUAGUCUAUUAAGUAUCAUUGGACAUCGUAUCGUUAUUUUACCAGGGAACAGUUUCGCUGAGAGUGCCGCAGCCGCGAAAUUAGAAAAAUUAGAAAUCAGUAACGGAAUUAUGUCCUCGUUACCAGUCGAAGCGUUGCAACCUUUAAAAAAAAUGAAAACUCUCGAUCUUCAUGAUAACAAAAUCAAAGAUUUAAAAAGAAAUCAAUUUAAGGGACUCAGGGAUACCGAAUUCCUUGAUUUGUCGAACAAUCUUAUUGAUAAGUUGGACGGCUCUCAUCUUGCCGAUCUUAUCAAAUUGGGAUGGUGUAAUUUUUCUCAUAAUGCGAUCUCAGACUUAAAGAGGGGAACUUUUGCAAGAAAUUCCGUCUUGAAGGUUCUCAAUUUGAGUCACAAUAAGAUUAGGAAACUUGACUCAAAUACGUUUCGUGGCAUGCGUUUCCUAAGACGUUUGUUUUUAAGCAACAAUCAAAUUAAUGAAGUAGGCAGAGGUACUUUUGGCUCGAUCACAAGAAUCGGUACCAUCGAUUUAUCACGGAAUUUCAUCAAGAAAAUCGAUUAUCAAAUGUUUCAUCAGUUACAAUUUGCUGAGCUCAUAGAUGUCUCCGAGAAUUUCGUGACAACCGUGGAGAAAUUAGCAUUCAAGGAUCUUUUCCUGGCGAAAGUGAAUCUAUCGCACAAUGAAAUUGCUACAAUAGAGCCUGAAGCAUUUGAGAACUGCGCCAAUAUUACCUCGCUCGAUCUUAGUCACAACAAACUUGAGAAUAUUUCGAAAUAUUCCUUCGACAGUUCAACGUACGCCACCGAACUGCAACUCAGCUACAAUCUGUUCACUUCGUUGGGUCAGGUACCAUUGCACAACAUGACUGGACUAAAAAUACUCAAUGCAUCUCACAACUUGAUACAUUCGGUUCCACGUCAAACGUUUCCGAAGCUCUACGAACUCCAUACGAUUGAUCUGUCUUACAAUAAUCUUUCGGACAUACACAAUGGCGUCUUUCAAACGCUCUUUAGUUUACGAUUUUUAAAUUUCUCUCAUAAUUCCUUGGAGAAGAUAAAACCGUCGACAUUCGGUCCAUUGCCGACAUUACUCGAAUUAGAUAUGAGCUACAAUCAACUCAACGACAUAGCACGUGGUAGUCUAACCAGAUUAGCCAGUUGCAGAAGCAUAACCGUGAAGAACAAUCGACUGAGCAAGAUAUUUCAAUUGCCAAAUCCGUUGGGUCACUUGGACUUUUCAGAAAAUUUACUCGAAGAAAUACCAACGUUGGAGGUAUGGCCUACGAUGAACGCUCUCCUUUCGUUGGAUCUUUCGAGGAAUCGACUAGGCGAUAAUCUUCGGCAUGGGAGCUUCGAAAACCUGUUGACCUUGAGGACCUUGAACCUGCAAGCGAAUAAUAUAUCCAUACCACCGUGGGAAGCCUUGAGUACUUUAAGCAGUUUGCAAUAUCUCUAUUUACAGGACAACCAUUUGACACAACUUGGCAAAGCGGCAUUUGGUCGUCUACCAAUCGUAUUCGAAUUGAAUCUCGCUAAUAAUCAGAUUCACAAUAUAAAUAAUCGCGCUUUCGAAGGUCUUCUUCAAUUAUUGACUUUAAAUUUGACAAACAAUAAUAUUACUUACAUACCAAACGGGGCAUUCCAAGGUUUGGUUUCUUUAAGAACGCUCGAUCUAUCCUACAACAAAUUAGAAAGAUUGGAUAAUAAAACUCACGGAUUGCUAGACGAUUGCCUGUCAUUAGAACGGCUCAAUCUUAGUCAUAAUAAAAUCUCUUUCAUCACGAGAAAAAUGUUACCCAAUGAUCCUUGGAUUCCAUACAAAUUGAAAGAAGUGGAUCUCUCGUACAACACAAUGCCUGUAGUAACGUUUGAAUUGACCAUCGGUGGAAAAAAACUUCAAUACUUAAAUCUAAGUCAUAACAAUAUCAAUGAGAUACGUCGUUACGUAAUCGGCAAUCUCACAGCAUUACACUCGUUGGAUUUAUCGUACAAUGAUAUCAGUGAUAUCUCAGAACCAAACGUUUUUGAACCACCGAAUAAUUUAAGUUACUUAUACCUAAGCCAUAAUCAUCUGACGUAUUUACCAAUGUAUAAAAUUCUACCAAUGCGAAACUUGAUGCUUUUGGAUUUAGAAAUGAAUAAAAUCGAUGUAUUCGACGAGAAUUUCAUGAAGAUUAUUCAAAAUGGCACGAGAAUUCAUUAUUUCGGAAAUUUGUUGCAUUGCGAUUGUCACGUUCGACCUCUAAAAAGAUGGUUGAACACAUUCAGCAAAAUGCCUAUGGAAUGGUCGAAUGUUACAUGCAAAAGUCCAAGUUAUGUUUCUGAAAAGCUUCUUUCUGAAAUCACGGAAGAUCUGAUGGGGUGUAAUACAGAAGAGAUAUACGAGAACGAACAAUUGGAUAUCACGCCUGACGUGAAGUAUCGAAAUAUCGAGUAUGACAAAGAGGAUAAGAGUUGGAAGGCCACGUGGUACGUGACAUCGCGAGAAGACAUCGGUGAUUUUUAUGUAGUAGUACGAGAGUCGGGAAGUAGCAAGUCAACGAUCGAGAAGGACCUCGUUUACAAUGCCAGGUCUUAUAAGAUUCAGGAUUUACCUGUAUCGAGGAGCAAGUACGAGCUCUGCGUACUGGCUAGAGAUUCCGAAGGAAACGUAAAACAUUUCCGAGAAUCGCAAUGUCAGAUUCUGAACGAACAAACUUACGGUAGAACGGCACAUCUAAGAAGCAGUUUCUCUCUAAUCGCGAUCGUUCUCUUUCUUCGUAUACUCCUUUGA